CUGGGACAUGAGUUGAGAGGCCCUAUCGUUUCAUGUCCACCUCACCUCCCCCGACUGAUUGACGUGUGAUGCCUCACUAGCCGAGGGCUGCUGCUUUGUGGCAAAUCGCAUCACCAACAGCGACGCCUGGUGUGACGCCCUGUGAAAACCCUCUCCUGAGAGGAACAGGAACCAGAACCAGAACCAGAGGGAGAAGCGGCGGCGGCGGGAUGGAGCGGCGGCGGAAGGCAAUGUGGCUGUACCCCAAGGUGGUCGGCUUCAACCCGCCGGAGAGGUGGGGGCACUCCGCCUGCUUCUUCGAGGGGGUCGUCUACGUCUUCGGGGGAUGCUGCGGCGGCCUGCACUUCAGCGACGUGCUCACGCUGAACGUGGAGACCAUGGCGUGGAGCUCCAUGGCCACGACGGGGCAGCGCCCGGGCACGCGGGACAGCCACGGCGCCGCCCUGGUGGGCCACCGGAUGCUCGUCUUCGGGGGCACCAACGGCGGCAAGAAGGUGAACGACCUCCACGUGCUGGACCUGCGCACCGGGGAGUGGACCCGCCCGCAGUGCAAGGGGGCGCCGCCGUCGCCGCGGGAGAGCCACACCGUCACCGUCGUCGGGGGCGACCGCCUCGUCGUGUUCGGCGGGAGCGGCGAGGGGGAGGGCAACUACCUCAGCGACGUGCACGUGCUGGACGUGCCCACCAUGACGUGGUCCACGCCGGAGGUCAAGGGCGACUACGCGCCGGCGCCCAGGGACAGCCACGGCGCCGUAGCCGUUGGCGGCAGGCUCUUCGUCUACGGCGGGGACUGUGGCGACCGGUACCAUGGCGAGGUGGACGUGCUCGACGUCGACACCAUGGCGUGGUCAAGGUUUCCAGUGAAGGGAGCAUCACCUGGUGUCAGGGCAGGUCAUGCAGCUAUCAGCGUUGGUUCUAAGGUCUAUAUUAUUGGAGGAGUUGGUGAUAAACAAUAUUACAGUGAUGUCUGGGUUCUUGAUGUCGCAAACCGUUCGUGGAGCCAGCUUGAGGUAUGUGGGCAGCAACCACAGGGACGGUUUUCUCAUACGGCAGUAGCCAUGAAUACUGACAUUGCAAUCUAUGGAGGAUGUGGUGAAGAUGAACGUCCCCUGAAUGAACUUCUCAUUCUGCAAUUGGGCUCUGAGCAUCCAAAUGGCCGCUACAACAUUUCAAUGUGCAAGGUUCUUAGCAACCACUGGAGCCAGGAGAAGAGAAAAUUUCUGAGAUCAGAAACUCAGAAAGAUGCGAGUGUAAGCAAUGGAGAAAUGGUUCAGAAAGCUCGAGAAGCAGAAAUCGAGCAAAGAAACCCGUUCCUGCGUGGCCUUGAGAAUGGCCAUGUGAAACGAAGAAAAACAGGUGAAGCUCGCCCAAGUGAACCUGAGUCAGAGCAAGAGGAGCACUCACUGUCUCUUUCCCAACAUUCUUCACCGUCACAGUCUGAUCAGGAGCAGAAUGGAGCUCACAAGCUUUCAGCCUCUCCCAACACGUCAGUUUCAGCCCUGCAACCAUUCGUCCGCCUCAAUGCCAAUGGCACGCUGAGGGCUCCUGGAGGUGCCAAUGGCACACUGAGGGCUCCUGGACCUGGAGGUGUUUCGUCGAGGUCUCUGAAGACUGACCAGUUUCUCCGCACCAUGGCACCACAACAUCAGCAGGAAGUGCAGUUCCUUUCAUCAGAUCACAAACCGCAGCCCCGGCCUCCCGGCCCACCCCCUAUUGGCGCAGAGGUUCAUGGGACGAUUGACGGAGCAUUCGACUCAGGGUACCUCAUGACCGCUGUGGUGAAUGGUCAACUCUUUAGAGGCGUCCUCUUUGCUCCUGGACCUGGAGUGACGGCUCCGAGACCGGCAGUGCACCACCAGAUCCUGUCGAGCUCGGCCGUGCCUCCCCAGCAGCGGCCACUGCUGGCACACGCCAUCCCGGUCCACGCCCGGCCGGUGCCACGGGCGACGGGCUUCGUGCUGCCGGAUUGCGCCCACCACGCGCGGCAAGGGUUCCCAGCGAAGGCCGUCAAGUCCGAGCCAGAGCGGGGCAGCAGCGACCUGCACGACGUUGUGCUCACGCUGGGAGGGCCUGGAGGGGGAAAGUGAGCCCCCUCCCUGAAAGUAGCCCCGAACGGCUGAAAAUCCAGGCGUGAUGUUUGUCUCUUGGCUUUCUUUGUAAAUUAGACACUCUGGUUGAGAAGAAUAAGACUAACAGCUUUAUGUAAUCUUUCCCGGGUGAUUUUAGGGUUCUUUGAUCUGUGAUUUUUACAUAUGAAUAUAGUGUUAGCUUAAUGCAUCUAGUUUUGCUUUGAGCAAUUGGUGUUGUGAGCUUCCCUGGACUUAAUCAUGUAACCAUUUUUGUCUACUCAAAGUAGCAUAAAUACUGCUGCUGUCACGGGUACAGUUUACAUGA